GCAGUGAAGAAUGUGUUUCCCAAUGCUGAACAAAGGGAAUGUUUUUACCAUCUUAUGAAGAAUUUUUCAAAAAGGUUCCAUGGCUUUGGAAGGAUGUACCCUGCAGCAAGGGCUUAUAGGGAAGAUGUGUUCACUGAACAUAUGACACCAAUCAUUAAACAAUCAGAUGAGGUAUGGAAAUGGUUGAGUCAGUACCACACUCUGAAGUGGAUGAGGUGUGUCUUCAAUCCAGAUAUCAAGUGUGACUAUAUCACUAAUAAUGUAGCAUAGGUUUUUAACAACUGGAUCCGAGACAUUAAGGAUUUACCUGUUGCUGAACUAGCUGAUAAGAUUAGAGAGAUGAUCAUGCUUUUGUGGAGGAAGAGGAGAAGGAUUGAAGAAAGGCUACCACCUGGACGGAUACUACCGGCAAUUAUGGUUCAGUUGAGAGCAAAUACUAGAGGUUUGGGGCACUUAAAAGUAGUGGAAUCUGCUAAUUGGAGUGCAGAGGUGUGGGAUAAUAGCAAGAACUGUGAAAGGCAUGUCGUGAAGCUAAAUCAGCAGACGUGUACUUGUCUUGAAUGGCAGCACACUGAUAAGCCAUGUCAACAUGUCUUGGCCUUUGUGACAUCCCAAAAGAGAGUAAACCUUGAACAAUUUGUGCAUGAAUACUACUCUGUGGACAGAUUCAAGGCUGCUUAUGAGAGAGAGAUUGAGCCAAUGACAGAUAAAUCACAAUGGCCACGUGUGGAGCUACCAUUUGUUGUGGGGGCACCACUUGCGAAAAGAAAUAAAGGAAGACAAAUGAAAUUGAGGAUCAAAGGAUGUCUUGAAGGUGGCCACAAGAAAAAAGGUGCCAAUGAUGCUCCCAAGGAUGAUAGCACUGCUCCCACCAAUUCUAAGGGAAAGAAAAUGAUUAGAGGGCCAGUGACUUGCAAGAAAUGUGGCGAAAAGGGUCAUAGGCAAGCUAGUUACAAGUGUCCACUCAAUGGAACCAAAAAAAGGAAGAGGAAGCCUAGAAAGAACAGUACAAAAGCUAGGCCAGCUGAACCUAGCAUCCCACAAAGACCUACUAGAGAACAAAUAUUGCAGGACAGUCCAAGCAUGGUCACUAGAAGCCGCCUUGCUAUCUUGUUGGGAGAGGGUAGUUCUUCACAAACCACUAGAACUACCCCAGAGAGGAUGCCAACAGCAGCUCCACCAAAGAAGAUGACCCCAAGGAGGAUGCCAACAGCAGCUCCACCGAAGAAGAUGACUCCAAAGAGGAAGCUACCAGUUGGAACACAUGUACGCACUCUUUCACUCUCCAAAUUUCAGCAAUCAUCUGUGGUUGCAGGGCUGGCGAUCGCGAUCAUGGGGGUCAGCGGCUGCGGCAAAUCGACCGAGGCGGCGAUGCUCGCCAACGCGCUGGGCUGCGGCUUCGUCGAGGCGGACGACCACCACUCCCACGCCAACAAAGAUACUACCUGCAAGAAGAUGAGCAGGGGCGUCCCACUCACGGACGAGGACCUCCUCCCGUGGCCGGAGUCGCUGCGCGACGCCAUCAGAGAGCGGCUGGACCGCGGCGAGUACGUCGCCGUCAGCUGCUCGGCGCUGCGGCUCAAGUAUCAGCCGAGCGGCGAGACCGGGACGAGCGGCGCGAGUGCCGUGCAGGCGGCCGGACUGAGCGGCUAUGGCGCGCGGGCACAAGAGCGACCGGCGAUAGCGGUCGGGCCGAGCGAGCGACGACGGCGACCGGGCAGGCGGCGUCAGCAGGUGCUUGUGUGGUUCGUUCUCUCCUCUGCUCGAACGAGAAUACCAGAUGCAGAUAAUCAGAUCUCAGUACGUAGUAUAUUGUAUACAUAG